AUGGCGAGCACCGGCAUCGACAGGCACAUCACCAUCUUCUCUGAGCAGGGACGGCUCUAUCAAGUCGAAUAUGCCUUCAAGGCCAUCACCGCCGCCAAUAUCAUGGCCAUAGGCGUCCGGGGCAAGGAUUGUGGAGUCAUCCUGUCGCAAAAGAAGGUCCCAGACAAGCUGAUCGACCCUGCGUCCGUGUCGCACAUCUUCCAAAUAUCCCCCUCAGUCGGCUGUGUUAUGACAGGCUCCAUCGCCGACGCCAGAGCCUUCGCCCAGCGCGCACAGGGCGAGGCUGCCGAGUUCAGAUACAAGUACGGCUACGAGAUGCCGAGCGACGUUCUUGCCAAGAGACUGGCCAAUAUCUCCCAAGUCUACACUCAGCGCGCCUACAUGCGACCCUACGGCGUGGCGACAACACUAAUAUCACUUGACUCGGAACUUGGGCCACAGCUCUUCAAGUGUGACCCAGCAGGCUACUACAUUGGCUACAAGGGCACGGCCGCAGGACCCAAGCAGCAGGAGGCGCUGAACCACCUCGAGAAGAAGCUGAAGAACAAGGAUCAUGCAGAGGGCAACUGGGAGGAGGUCGUCGAGCUGGCCAUCACCACCCUCAGCACGGUUCUCAGCAUGGAUUUCAAAAAGACGGAGAUUGAGAUCGGGAUCGUUGGCGGCCCACGCGCAGACGGGAAGGAAGGCCCUGAUCCUGGCUUUCGGAAGCUGACUGAGGAGGAGAUCGACGAGCGUCUCCAGGCUAUCGCUGAGAAGGAUUGA